AUGGCUUCAUUGCCGUCUUCCAAAGCGUUGCCAUCGCUUGCCUCGCUGCGAUCAGCCCUCCAGUCGAUUAGUACACAACCCAUCGCUGCUCGAGCUGCAAUCCGCUCAGCUUUCACGCAAGCUUCCAGCUAUGCUUCUACUUCUUCCAUGCACACUUCGACAAUCCGCUACGACCAGUCAGCCCCGUUAAACGCCUCCAGCUCCUCUUCUUCGUCAUCAGCACCUGCGGCACCACCCUCCGCCUCGUCAUCAACAGAACAACAACAGCAAGGUCUCCAUGCCUCUGAGUUUGACUUCGACAGCGAAUCCUACGAGAUACCUCCUUUCGAUGAGGGCGAUCUCGUCGCUGUACCCAACAAAGAACCCAUCGUCCACGUCAAGCUCUCUAAGCUUCACAAGGGUUCGUCUACUACCAAAUCUUCAUCCUCCAAAGCAUACGUUCCACUCUCAGCACAUGUAUUCGACGCACCAGCCCGUCGUGAUGUCAUUCACAGUGCUGUCGUGUACUACCUUGACGCACAACGCUCCGGUACCGCCUCCACCAAAGGUCGAUCCGAUGUUCGCGGUUCCAUGAGGAAGCUUCGCCCACAGAAAGGUUCCGGUCAGGCACGUCUCGGUACCAUGUCCAACCCUAUUCUCCGUGGUGGUGCUGUCGCACACGGUCCUCGCCCUCGUGAUCACUCCACCAAGCUGCCACGUCGUGUUCGUGAACUUGCCCUUCGCUCCGCCCUCUCUUCCAAGUGGAGGCAAGGCGAUCUGCACGUUGUCGACAACUUUGACUGGAUCGCUCCACCUAGCUCCACCGGUCCCCUUGCUCGUCUUCUCGGCUCGAAAGGCUGGUCCGACGCUCUCUUCCUCACCGCUCCACGCCACCCUGAACCUUCCAUUCGCUCGUUGAUCAAAGAUGACCGCCCAUCAUCGUCUGACCCCGUCUACGACGAACAGCAAAGACUAGACCACCAACAAGCGAUCCGCAACUUUAUUCUCGCUUCCAACAACCUUCCGCGCGUCGAGCUGAUCAAGUUGGAUGCUUUGACCGAAGAGUACAGGGACAACAUUGCAAAGACCAGCAGCGACAAGAAGAAGCCUGGUGAGCUCCACGCUUACGAGGUUCUUCGAAGACACAAGGUCAUUUGCGACCUCGGCGCCGUUGAGUGGCUCGAGGAGAAGCUUGGUGGCGCUAUUUUCCACGAGCAGGCUGGGCUGGACAGCAUUGCAGAGAGCUUGGAACAGCAGCAGCAGCAACAAAACACCGAAGCAGCAGCAUUGUCGGAAGUCGCUCAGCCCGAAGCAGCAGCAUUGUCGGAAGUCGUCCAGCCCGAAGCAGCAGCAUUGUCGGAAGUCGCUCAGCCCGAAGCAGCAGCAUCGUCGGAAGUUGUCCAGCCCGAAGCAGCAGCAUUGUCGGAAGUCGCUCAGCCCGAAGCAGCAGCAUUGUCGGAAGUCGUCCAGCCCGAAGCAGCAGCAUUGUCGGAAGUCGCUCAGCCCGAAGCAGCAGCAUCGUCGGAAGUUGUCCAGCCCGAAGCAGCCGCAUCGUCGGAAGUCGUCCAGCCCGAAGCAGCAGCAUCGUCGGAAGUCGCUCAGCCCGAAGCAGCAGCAUCGUCGGAAGUCGUCCAGCCCGAAGCAGCAGCAUUGUCGGAAGUCGCUCAGCCCGAAGCAGCAGCAUUGUCGGAAGUCGUCCAGCCCGAAGCAGCAGCAUUGUCGGAAGUCGCUCAGCCCGAAGCAGCAGCAUUGUCGGAAGUCGUCCAGCCCGAAGCAGCAGCAUUGUCGGAAGUCGCUCAGCCCGAAGCAGCAGCAUUGUCGGAAGUCGUCCAGCCCGAAGCAGCAGCAUCGUCGGAAGUCGCUCAGCCCGAAGCCGAGGCGACGACCCCCGUCACUCCAUCGCCCGCUGCCCAGUCAGCUUCAUCAGCUUAA